AUGAGCAACAACACCUCUACUAGUAUCAGUGCGCAAGCCUAUCAAGAGGAGCUCAAUCUUGUAUGUUUAAUGAAUCUAGGCUUCUACCUAUUUGAUUAUUGCUUGACUAUUGACCAGCAAGCUAAAUUCUUGUGGAACCGCAAGGUGUCCAUUCCAUCGAUUUUGCUAGCAAUCCUGCAUUUGUCAACACUGCUCAGUGGUAUAACCAGCAUUGGGGUUGAAUUUGCCCUUGGUUGCAAAAGCCAAAUGGCCUGGUACUAUGCCUCAACUGUAGCUGCAAUUGUCUUCAAUGUUGCCACAGCAGAGAUUGCAGCAAACAUGUGUAUGAUGGUUACACCUGCUUCUGCAGCCACUGCCACUACUGCACACAUACUUGUGCUGGUGUCAACAUGGUAUCACACAUUCACAUUGAAGAAACUGGCCCAUACAAUUGGGGAGCAAAUUCCACUGACAACACUGCUACUCCGUGAUGGCACUGUAUACUUUGGGGCAUUAGUUGUUGUGGACAUCCUGGAAAUUGUAUCUCAUUAUACAUCAGCAUUAAUAGAAGUAACUGAGCUAGCAAUCAGCUUCACAACAGUGAUCUUAUCCCACUUCUUCCUCAACCUUCGCAAUGCAGCAAACCCAUCUCAGGGGGUAACAACAGCUUCUAUGUCUGAUCUUCACUUCACAGGGCCAAACAGCCUUGGUGGCCAAGUCAUCUCCAAUGUGGAUGAAGAUGUCCUUGAGGAAUAUGUAGAGGAUGAAGGAUAUGUUGAUGAGGGAGGCCUCCCACUGGGUAAUGUGGAUGGACAAGACAUUGUCCCUGAUGAGGUCAUGGAUGAAGAUAGUCCCUGA